CAUCGCUGAGCUGCAGUCUUGCCUCGUCGCAUUCAGUCUUGCUUCUGUCCGUGCUCGUUGCUGUCUCUAGUCGCUGCCCUAUGCGCUGAGCUUGCUGAGAUCUUCUCGUCCGCUUCGUUGCAUAUCCCCCCAUCUCUCUUCUCCUCCGCUGCCUGCUGGGCAAUAGAUAACAAUCCGCUUUUACCAUGGACGUUCCUGAGCCUGAGCAGACGCCUUUCACGGCCGUGACGGCGCAGACUUCGAAGCUGGCAAGGCAAUUCCAAACCUAUCUCGACGCCUCCACCCCGUUCACAGCCUACCGCUGGACCAGCACCGUUGUUCUCCUCCUCGUCUUCUUCCUGAGGAUCGUCUUCGCCCAGGGCUGGUACAUCGUGGCCUACACUCUCGGCAUCUACCUCCUCAACCUCUUCCUCCUCUUUCUGCAGCCCAAGUUUGACCCCUCCCUCACCCAGGACGAGGGUCUCGAAGACGGCGACGCCGCUGCUCCCAGCCUGCCCACGAAACAAGACGACGAGUUCCGGCCUUUCAUUCGCCGUCUCCCCGAAUUCAAGUUCUGGUUCUCGGCUACCCGCGCCAUCCUCAUCGGUUUCAUCUGCUCAUGGUUCGCCGUCUUUGAUAUCCCGGUGUUCUGGCCCGUGCUGGUAGUUUACUGGGUGAUUCUGUUUGUGUUGACGAUGCGCCGCCAGAUUCAGCACAUGAUCAAGUACCGCUACGUGCCGUUCUCAUUCGGCAAGACACGGUACGGCCGGUCAUGAAGGAAGAAUAUUCCAUCUACUUCCGCUUAAAUCAUAUGAGAUGCGAUGAGAUGAGAUGAGACGAUGAUGUGGUGUGAUGAUCGUCAUGCCAUGCAUAGCUUUGUGCGCUGGCCAGCUAAUUGGCUGGCUGUGUCGUGCUGCUUUCCUCCGUCCGCUUCCUGUCCCCUCGUUACCCUCGAUUCAUGUUGGGACCAAUACCAUCGAACCCCAGAGUGAACGUGGUGACGGGGUCAUCAUGGACAGGAGCGGACCUAACUACAACCCUUUAAUUUCAACCUGAUGAUGACUUUGUUGCGUGUGACCUGACCUGAACUGACUUCAUGAACUGGGAUUUUAGUAUCCUCAAUGUACAGAGAUUAAGUCUAUGCCGUUUAUGCUGUUGCUGAUUGAUUGAUUGAUUGAUUCCUUUUUUUCAUUGACUUCCCUGUGAUACUAGAGUUGGACCUUCGUGUGUAAUCUACUGUGGUGGUGAAUAGAUAAAAGUGCU